AUGACGGCAGCAUUCCUACCGCUCGUGGUAUUGAAUGGCGUGCUUUUCGCUCUUAACAUCGGCCCACUGUACUGGCAGGUUUUGAGUGGCAAUUCCGGCGCCAUCUGCAUGGGUUUUUGGGUCGCCUUGGCAAAUUUGAACACAUUUGUGAGUCAUCCAUCACAUCGGAAGGUUAAAUGUGUACGUUAAUCUCGACAUAAACUGCAGCUCAACUUCACUAUCUGGUAUCAAGACGCCCUGAAUCGAGCCCCAAUCUUCUGCGACAUCAGCAUCAAGGUGAGAGCAAAUCCUGCGAUGAUUUCAUUACCCAAGUUUGACACGCCUUUAGGUGGGUGUACUGAAAAAGAAUUACCCCUGAAUACCAAAUCCAGAUCAGAAUAGGUGCCGAGAUAGGGCGACUGGCCUCCAUUUUCUGUGUUGCACGCUUUCUGGCUGACAUCGUUAGUCCGAGAGCGACCGCACUUACAAAAAGCGACCGCCGCCGCCGCGCUAUCUUCGACUACUCGAUCGCAUUUGGAGUUCCCUCUCUUGUAAUGGCCUUCCACUAUGUCUGGCAGCCAGCAAGGUUUGCCGUUGUGAAGGGAUAUGGCUGCAACGUCACAGCUCUCAUGACUUGGCCCACCCUGGUGUUCCGAUUCAUUUGGCCGCCCCUCUUCGCUGCGGCCGCAGUGCUCUACUCCGGUACGUUCCAGCACGGAAAGUCACCCAUACGUUCCAGCACUAUCUUACUGGCUUUUUGCUACUGGGGAAGUAUACACCGUGUAUCGUCUCAUCCGACAUAGGCGCAACUUUCGACGGGCGGUGGCUGGCUCCCACUCCGCGCUUACAACAGCCCGUUUUGUUCGACUAGCGAUUCUCUCAUUCUCCUACCUUCUCAUAGCCAUGCCUUUGGCCGUGUACGGGACUAUCAUCGAUCUGAGCAUCACAGGUCGUUAUCUUGAAUAUUCAUGGACAUAUAUUCAUUCCCCAGUGAGUCUGAAACCUAGAUACGAAUUCCUUGGCCAGCACACAACGUUCAACGGUUAAGGCAGAGCUGAAGAAUGAAAUGUCGUAUUGGUCGCUUACUGACUUCAGCGUUGAAUUCCAGUGGAAGCUUCAUUCGAUUUUGAUCGAGUCAACUCCGCCUCGAGCCAAUAUCGGAACGUGGUCGGACGUCAUCGCGGGUGUCGUAUUCUUUGCGGCCUUCGGGUUCGGGGUGGAGGCCCUCUCGCUUUACUCCAAAGCAAGCGCAUUUCUCGCCAAGGCAGUGCAACACACCAAGACCAAGAACUCCAGACCUUUAUUCGAGGAAGAAAGGCAAGUUCCGCUUUAGACGCUAACUCGGCAGGCUCUCAAACAACUACUGACAGCAAGAUUUUUUUUGA